AUGAAUGGAUUGAUCAAUAAUUCGAAUAAUGAACCAUUUCAGCUGACUACAAGAAUUCCAAUCCGCAUCCCGGGUGAAUGUCCUCCUCACAUGGACCGCUACCUUAGCUCCAUUAACAACACCUGGAUCUGCGACUGCAUAUCUGGAUUCCUCUACUUUCCCCAGAACGACUCUUGUUACCAGCCCUACAAGAGGGGCCCCUGCAAAUCCUCCGAAUACCUUACACUCCCCAAGGGCCAAAUUGUGUCAAAGUGCCAGGAGAAUCCUUGCAAGGAAGAUGGUCUCGUGCCCUUCAGGAACGGCUGUCAUCCCAUGCUCAUGAGAGAGGGCCCCUGUGGAGAUCAAAUCCUUGGAGUCAAUGAUACCACUUUUCAAAUUGAGUGCCUGCCGGUGGAUCUGUCUCCCUUUCACGUCAUCGACCCCGGCGAAAGUGAUGGCUGUCCUCCGGGAAGUCGCAGGACUGCUCAAGGACUCUGUCGAGUUCCUCUCUAA